AUGAUGAUAAUAAGACACCAGUUGUUAAAAUCAAGGAAUUAUAGAGUUCUACUUAGAUUUAACUCAUCUAAUGCUAAUAACUCACCAAUUGAUGACUUAAGAAAACAAAUUUCUGAAAAUAUUCGAGAGAAAUAUCUUUCAAAAUUACAAGAAAAAGCAAAAGCAGAAGGUUUAUCAAUAAAUGAAUUACGUGAUAAAUUUAAAGAUCAAAUUAAUAAAGUAAAAUCUGAAUUAGAUGCAAUAGAUCCAAAUGAACAAAUUAGAAAAAUAAAAGAAGAAAAGGCAAUAGUUAAAGAUCGUGGUAAAAUUGAUAAAACAAAAGAUCAAGCUCCAUACAAAACGUUGGAUGAUUUUGUAGCAUUAGAUAAAGUGAAGGAUUUACCAAAAGAUGAAAUAAGUAAAAUUUGGAGUGCUAGAUUUAUAAAUAAAGAAAGAGCAUUACAUGCUGUUACAGACAAUUAUCAAUUUGCACAAAUUUAUGCGAAUGCAUUUAGAUACCCAAAUUUUCUACUACCAAUUCCUAAAAAGCAUGAAGGUAAAGAAGGAUUUGAAUUACAAUUUAUUCAAUGGUCAUUUGUUGGUCCUUUGACAAUUCACUGUAUGUUUACUACAUUAGCGGAAUAUAAACUACACAAUGAAUAUGCAAAACCACAUACAACAUUAACAUUUCAUCAAGAAUUAGCAAAAGAUAAAGAUAUAGUAUUAAUGAAUGGAUUAAGUGAAAAAGAUUGUGGAUUAACAAUGCAAGAAGCUCAGUUUUUAGUUAUUAAUUUACAAAGAUUUUAUUCAGGUAAAGAACCUGAAAAAUUGGCAAUCGUAAAACUGUUCAACUUAGGUGAAGGCUUUAAUGUUGAUGAUUUGAUUGCACAAUCCAUGUCUUCAUAA